AUGGGGAAACAACAGCUCCCGUCCGAAGAUACCAAACCAGAUCUUGGAACACUCAAGGUUGAGUCCGGCUCUGCUGCUCGCGAUGUAGAUUUCGGACAAGUACUUGAGGUUGAAACCACCCCUGCAAUGGAGAAGAAGGUUUUAAGAAAGAUGGACUUCUUUUUAAUACCGCUUAUGGGCGGUUGCUACAUGUUGCAGUACAUUGACAAACUAGCAAUUAGCCAGGCGACCCUUUUCAAUCUUCGGGAGGACUUGGACCUGAAAGGAAAUGAAUAUAACUGGGCAUCGGCCAUUUUCUAUUUUGGUUAUUUCGCAUGGAGUUGGCCGAGUUCAUAUCUGGCUGUGAGGCUUCCAUUGGGAAAAUAUCUCAGCGGUGCUGUUUGUGUUUGGGGAGGUUGUCUGAUGGUUCACGCCGCCUGCACGAACUGGGGUGGCUUAAUGGCAGCGAGAUUCUUUUUAGGGGUUGGGGAGGCAUCAAUUGCUCCUGGCUUUGCCCUGAUAACCGGGAUGUUUUAUACAAGAGCAGAACAACCAUCACGCCAGGCAGCAUGGUUUCUUGGUAAUUCCAUUGCUGUUCUUCUCGGUGGGCUGAUUGCCUACGGUAUUGGCAAUAUUCAGAUCACAACUAUUGCCCAAUGGCAACUGUUGUUUCUUAUCCUAGGCGCCGUCACUUCUGCCUAUGGCCUCGUCUUAUUCUUUACACUCCCGGAUUCACCCGCGAAAGCCGUCUUUCUCAAACCGAACGAACGAGCGGUUGCAGUCCACAGAACAUUGAAGAACAAAACUGGAGUUUUGGACACAGGGAAGUUCAAAUGGGGCCAGGUUUUAAUGGCAAUUAAAGACCUCCAAACGUGGUUUUUAGUGCUUUAUACACUCUGCGUUAACUUCUGCAACGGUGGCAUCACAAGUUUCUCUGCUAUCAUUAUCACCGGAUUUGGGUUCCCCAAUCUAGAAGCUCUUCUCAUUCAGAUGCCUAUUGGCGGUGCUCAGCUUGUCUUUCUCCUCCUUACUUCGGGGGUUGCCUCCCUUGUCCCAAAGUCUCGCAUUAUUAUGAUGAUUGUCAAUACAGCGGUAUCAAUGAUUGGUAUGCUUCUGAUUUGGAAGCUGAAUGGUGAUAAUCAGGCAGGGAAGAUGACUGGUCUUUGCCUCGGUGGUGUCUUCGCUGCUAAUAUCCCUUUAUCCCUCAGUCUAAUCAGCUCCAAUGUCGCCGGAUUUACCAAGAAGAGCACAGUCAGUGCCCUUAUGUUCGCAGCAUACUGCGUUGGCAAUAUUGCUGGGCCCCAGUUCUUCAUCCCUUCCGAAGAGCCGUCAUAUUUAACCGGUAUCAAAGCGUCCAUGGCAGGACUGGCCUUCGGAAUAUUCUUCUUGGUCUGUCUCUAUAUGUUUUAUGUCUUGGAGAACCGUCGACGGGAUACGCUGUAUGGGUCUCCUAGGGAGAUGACCGAAACUGAAGAACUGGAAGACGAGCUGUCUAACAAGACCGACCACGAGAUUGAAAGUUUUCGAUAUGUUCUUUGA